AAAAUCCUUCCCUUCUCAAACUUCUUCAGCUUGAAUCCUGCAGGAUUUGCAUCAGAGGCAGAAUGUCAGAACAAAACUCUCCAAUUCAAGCGGAUAGCCUUCCCAGACAGGAUAUAAAAACAAACCCCAGCCACACUGCCAACCCUGUGUUGCUCAUGACCCAAAUGGAUUCCCGGGACAAGUGGAGCAAAAAAAUGGAUUUUCUUUUAUCAGUGAUUGGAUUUGCUGUAGAUUUGGGCAACGUCUGGAGGUUCCCUUAUAUCUGUUAUCAGAACGGAGGGGGGGCCUUUCUCAUUCCUUACACUCUGAUGGCCAUCUUUGGAGGAGUACCUCUCUUCUACAUGGAGCUGGCCCUGGGACAGUUUCAUAGGACAGGAGCUAUCUCCAUCUGGAAACGCAUCUGUCCCAUCUUUAAAGGCAUUGGCUUUGCUAUUUGCAUCAUCGCCCUAUAUGUCUCCUUCUACUACAACACCAUCAUCGCCUGGGCCUUGUAUUAUUUCUACUCCUCCUUCACUGGUACCCUGCCCUGGACAAGCUGUGACAAUCCCUGGAACACCCCCAACUGCACCAACUACUUUGGAAAGAGCAACGUGACUUGGACCACCUUCUCUAAGUCACCAGCAGAAGAGUUUUAUACGAGAAAGGUCCUUGAGAUUCAGAAAUCCAGUGGCCUGUAUGACGUUGGCGGGAUCCGCUGGCAGCUUAUCCUUUGCCUUUUUCUCAUCUUCACGAUUGUUUACUUCAGCCUGUGGAAAGGAGUGAAAACCUCAGGGAAGGUGGUGUGGGUGACAGCUACGCUGCCUUACAUCGUCCUCCUCAUACUGCUGGUUCGGGGAGCUACUCUGCCAGGGGCUUGGAGAGGGAUCGUCUUCUAUCUCAGACCCGACUGGGAGAAGCUCAUGAGCACUGCUGUUUGGGUUGACGCUGCUGCCCAGAUCUUUUUCUCCUUGGGCCCAGGAUUUGGUGUUCUUCUCGCGCUAGCCAGUUACAACCAUUUCAACAACAACUGUUACCGAGACGCCAUUGUCACCAGCGCAGUGAACUGUCUGACCAGCUUCCUGUCAGGGUUUGUCAUUUUCACAGUGCUGGGCUACAUGGCUGAAAUGAGAGAUAUGGAGGUGGAAGAUGUAGCAAAAGAUAAAGGUCCAAGUCUCCUUUUUAUCACCUACCCUGAGGCCAUCGCAAAUAUGGUGGGCUCUACCUUCUUUGCCAUCAUAUUCUUCCUCAUGAUGAUCACGCUGGGGUUGGACAGCACGUUUGGAGGCCUGGAAGCUGUGAUCACGGCGGUAAUGGACGAAUACCCUCACAUCCUAGCAAAGCAAAGGGAGCUGUUCGUACUUAGCCUCAUCACCAUAUGCUUUCUGGGCUCUCUCACCACCCUUACACACGGUGGAGCAUAUGUUGUCAAACUGCUGGAGGAAUUUGGUGCCGGUUGCUCAAUUCUGGCGGUGGUGUUACUGGAAGCAAUAGCUGUGUCAUGGUUUUACGGAAUUCAGAGGUUCUGUAACGAUGUCAAAGCCAUGCUGGGCUUCACCCCAGGGAUAUUCUGGAAGGUCUGCUGGGUUGCCAUCAGCCCUGCCUUUUUAGCGUUUAUAAUAGUCAGCUCUCUCCUGGACCAGCCACCGCUCAUGCUGUUUGACUAUCACUACCCCGACUGGAGUAUCUCAGUGGGGUACCUCAUAGGAGCAUCGUCCUUCAUCUGUAUCCCUUUCUACAUGGUGUACAAGCUGGUCUGGACUCCUGGAUCCCUUAAACAGCGUCUAGCAGUGUGCAUUCGACCAGAGAAAGCCAUACGAGACCAGCACGCGGAUUCAGUAUGUAUGUCAUCAGUGCCAUAGUCCUACGGUGCACACAAAGGGACAAUAGACUGCUGUUUGCCUUUACUGUUACUUACCAAACCAACUAAGGGACAGGGAAGAGAAAAGCUGUCAUCACUGUUUAAAUUGCUCCCCUGCUUCUCUCCUUAAGAGUUGUACUCACUGGCCAAAGCUCGCCACAAGGUGUGGAGAACACACCUAAUCCACUCUCUGUGAGCCAUGUCCUCCUUCCAUAGCAGCUGUACACAAACUAGUAAAAGCCUGUACUGUCCAUGUCUUAAUAAUGGGCUCGAUCCAAUCUUCAUUGAAGGCAGUAAGUCUUUCUGCAACAAGAGCUGGAUUGGCCCUUAAAUGUGUCUGAAGUAUAAAUAAAAUUUUAGUCUGAGCGGAAGCCUGUUUGUUAUAGAAUCACAGAGAGGUAGGCCAGGACGGGACCUCAAGAGGUCGUCUAGUCACCCCCGCCCCCCAUGCUAGUCUGGCAACCACAUUUAUGAAGUGGGUUGUGCCCCCAACUCCCCUGUGACUGUACCAUUGUUAGGCCCCAAAGUGGCUUCUUCUUCCAUACCUGCACCAUCUGCUUAAAUGUUAGUUACGCCUUUGUAGACAUGGUUCAGCUUGAGCCGAGGGCACAACAGACCCAACAGAACUCCUGCCUUUGGAAGCACAGUUCCCGGUACCUGGUCUUCAGCCUCCUUUUCUCUGUUACAGCUCAUUUGAGCAUUCCACAAAGUGGAGCUGCUUGGAUUGCCAUGCCCAAACAUCCCUGUAGCCAUGGGGAGAACCACAGGAUGGAACUCUAUCUUGUGUUGUAUUUAAACCUAAAUCCACUUCCCUCCCAUCACUCUUCAAGAUUUUCCCAGCUGGGUUUCUUGUUAUCAAGGAGAUCUUGUUUAGAGAAAGGGUUUGCCCAUCCUCGUCAACAGCCCUUCCUCCUCCCUCCUGCAGUGGGGUUUGGAUGGUACUUCAUUAACAUUGCGCCAUGACCUGGCUGCUAGAUCAGACAGGUGCAGACAGUGGACUGCGGAGGAGGAAUCUGUUCUUCACACACAUGUAGGGGAAAGAACAGCCAGGUGGGGGGAGUAAAUAGAUGUGUGUACAUAGUCUUUUUUUUUUUUUUUUUUUUUUUUGCAAUAUUCUGAGCCAAAUUUAACUGGCAAACAAUGUGGUAAGUUCUGUAUUAGAUAUAAAUUGGCCAGAAAAUAAUGGUAAGGCAUAGAGGAAUGUAACUUGCAUCAA